AUGGGUAGAGCCGAGAAGAGAAGAGCCGUCAUCGAUGCACUGAUGAAAUUGAAACCCGAAUUGGCCCUGUUACAAGAGACGAAAUUAGACUCCACUCGAAUCAAGACUUUGGAGUCAUUUGCCAAGGCUGUGAGAAUGGAGAGUGUGUUCAUACCUACCACAGGUUCAGUGGGGGGAUUAAUAACACUGUGGAACUCUGCUAUUUUCACUAUGGAAUCAGUAAGUAAAAAUGAUAGAUUCAUCGGUCUUCUAGUCAAGUCAUUAAAAGAUUCCCUGUUGCUCUUCAUUGUUAAUGUCUACGGCCCCAAUGUAGAUAGUGAAAGGUAUGGUUUCUUCAAUCUAUUGACUGAGGCUCUGAAUGUGAAUAAUUGUUGUACCAUUCUGGGUAGGGAUUUCAAUGCUAUCCUAAAUGAAGGGGAAAGGACUGGUACUCAAGGAGGAGUGGAGACCUGUUUUUCUGAAUUUGUAGCAGGCUCUAAUCUUAUUGAUCUACCAUUGCAAAAUGACAAAUGUACUUGGUACAGCUCGCGUUUGGGAGGAAUUUGGAGUCGCCUUGAUAGGUGGCUAGUGUGUGAAGAAGCCAUAAACAAAUUCGAAGGAAUAUGCCAAUCGGUGGAAAAUUGGGAAUUAUCAGACCAUCGACCAAUUAUACUAACUUUGGGAGCCAUUAAUUUUGGACCCAAACCUUUCCUGUUUUAUAAUCAUUGGCUCCUGGACAAAGAAUUUGAACAAUUGGUGUCACAAUGGUGGUGCUCCGCUACAGUUGUGGGUUGGUCAGCCUAUGUACUACAACAAAAAUUGAAAGGACUGAAAUCAGUAAUAAAGGAAUGGAGAGGCUAUGCUGGCUCAGCUAACAGGGAAAAAAUAUCUGCUCUAGAAACAGAAUUACAGGUGACAAUGGACAGAUUAUCCUUAGAAGGGGCAGAUAUAACACUUAGACAGAAACGGCUGUGCAUCCUCGAUGGUUUAUGGCAAGAAUUCAGAAAGGAAGAGACUCGUUGGAGGCAGAAAGCCAGGGUUAAAUGGAUUAGAGAAGGGGAUAGAAACACUUCCUAUUUUCACUCUACGUGCAAAAUCCGUAUGGCCAAGAAGCAGAUAUCUCACUUAGUUGUUGGGGGGGCAGCUGUUGAGGAGCCUAAUAUGAUCAAAGAAACAAUUUUCAACCACUUCCAAAACUUCUUCACUAGGGAUAAUAGACAAAGGCCGAAAAUAAGAUGCACAAAUCUUCCAAAGCUGAGUCAUGAGAAGAUGCACGGGGAAGCUAGUAAAAGGCCUAAUGCUACCUUCAUAGCUCUAAUACCAAAACAUAACAAUCCCUCGGCUGUCACUGAUUUCAGACCUAUCAGUUUGAUCGGUAGUGUGUAUAAAUUGGUCUUUAAGGUGCUAGCAUCGAGAUUACAGGGAGUUGCCCCCUUGCUGGUCUCAGAGAACCAAUUUGCUUUCACACACGGGCGACAAAUCUCUGACUGCAUCCUUAUUGCAAACGAGGUGGUAGAUUUCUUGAAAAAGAGAGAAGGCGGAGGAUUUCUAUUAAAACUUGAUUUUGCCAAAGCAUAUGAUAAUGUGGAGUGGGGUUUCCUAUUCGAUAUCCUCAAGGAAAUGAAUUUUGGUGAGCGAUGGAUCAACUGGAUUCGUACUUGUGUCUCUACGGCAACUUUGUCAAUCUUGGUAAAUGGCUCUUCUACAAGCUUCUUUGAUAUGGAAAAAGGGCUUCGACAAGGUGACCCGUUAUCCCCCCUCUUGUUUAAUUUAUGUGCUAAUGGACUCUCUUGUAUGUUGAACCAACUCUUAGGAGAAUUUCUCUUUAGUGGUGUGAGAAUUGGAACCGGCCUAGCUCUGAACCACUUACAGUUUGCGGAUGACACGCUACUGUUCUGUGAGAAUGAUGAAAACCAAAUAGAUUUGCUUUGCAAUGCCUUAUUGUCAUUCCUCUUUGCGUCUGGACUCAAAGUAAAUUUGCAGAAGACACUUCUAAUCGGGUGUAAUGUUGAAGCAUCAGAGGUGGAAAGAAUUGCUGGCAUAUAUGGUUGGAAUAUUGGCCAAUUGCCAUUACUCUACCUUGGUGCCCCCCUAGGUGGGAAUCCUCGCCGUAUCUCUUUUUGGGAACCAAUGCUGGAUAAACUUAGAAGGAAAAGGCGGACAUGGAAUUCAAAAUUCAUCUCUCUAAGCGGCAGAUUGACGUUGAUGAAGGCAGCACUUUGCUCGGUUCCUCUAUUCUUAAUGGCUGUAUUCAAAGCACCUAUAAAGGUCAUAGGGGAAGUGGAGAAAAUUUUACAUAGUUUCCUUUGGGGAAAGGAAGAGAAUGGCAGAAAAAUCACUUGGAUUCCGUGGUCUUUGAUCUGCAAAUCUCAUGAACACGGGGGUCUUGGUCUUGGUUUCAUUGGGAGGAAGAACAAAGCUCUUUUACUUAAAUGGGCUUGGCGCUUUGGAGUAGAACACAAAAGCUUGUGGAGGAGACUACUCAUAGCUAAAUAUGCACUGGACCCUAGACUACUGUUCUUCCACGUGGCUAUGGUGGAUGCAAAAAAUUGGUCCAUUCUGAUGCAAGACAUUGUGAACAUUUUGUAUGAAGACUCCCUGGUAGCCAAAGGAUUGAAAGAAGGACUCAUUGUCAACAUUGGAGAUGGAUCAAAUACCAGAUUCUGGGAAGAUCCAUGGGUAGAUAUUAUGCCACUUCGAAACAGAUUUCCUCGGCUGUUCGCCAUGAGCUCGAACAAAUUGAGCAUGGUGGCAGAAGUGGGAAUUAUUGUGCAAGGGAAAUGGACCUGGGACCUAGCAUUCAGAAGAAAUUUUUUUGAUUGGGAAUUGGAGAUACAUAGCACCUUCAUCAACCUUAUAAACAAUCAUUUUCCUUCAAGAGAAUCCAGGGACCACAUAUGCUGGUGUUUUGAAAGCUCCGGGUUAUUCUCAGUGAAAGGAUUAUGCAAGUGGAUAGAGGACAAGGUAAAUGAAGGAGAACAUUGGGCAAUACCAUCUCAGGUGAAGAAAAUAGUCCCACCUAAGGUGGGAUUGCUAUUUUGGCAGGGGUGUUAUAACAAGAUAGCUUGCAAACAAAAUCUUCUGAGUCGUGGGGUUUCUUUGGAGGACAAUGGCAAUUGCUCGCUAUGCUCCCAAGCUCCUGAAACAGUUGAUCACCUUUUCCUACACUGCUUGCUGUCUUGGAACAUGUGGAGCGACAUAUUAAAAAGAGAAGGCGUUGCAUGGGUACCUCCAAACUCCUUGGUUGAUUUAGCCAAACAAUGGGACUUCCUCUGUGUUAAUUCUGAUCCUAUCUUAUGGAAAUUAAUCCCUUAUUCCCUGGUUUGGUCCCUAUGGGUCGGAAGAAACGAUUUGGUAUUUAGAGAUAAAGUCUUCAACAGAGAAGAAGUGUGGGAUAUGCAUGUUAUGCGAAUUGGAUGGUGGGUGAAAGCUAAAUGGAAAGACUGCCCUUACAACACUGAACAAUUUAACGCAAAUUUCUGCAAUAUAAGAAUGAAAAUGUCUGCGGUGAGUGUUAGGACAACAACUUGGCAACCUCCAACACUAGGUACCCUCAAAUUUAAUGUUGACGGUGCAUCUCAAGGCAAUCCCGGACCUAGUGGUCUGGGGGGAGUUCUAAGAGACCACCAGAAUAGGGUCUUUGGUUAUUUCUCUAUCAACUCAGGCUUUGGCUGGGCUUUCGAAGCUGAGGUUCGUGCUAUCCUCAAAGCUCUUCAAUUCUGCCAGGAAUUCAUGGUUUAUGAGGUGUAUAUAGAGAGUGAUUCGACUGCGGCGGUGGGAUGGAUAAACUCCAAGUUAAAUAGGCCAUGGAAACUCCUAAAUGAACUAAAUCAAAUAGACUUCUUGCUGGAGCUAACUAAAUGUUCCAAGGUGAGCCACAUCUAUAGGGAAGCAAAUGAGACGGCGGAUUCCUUGGCUAAAGUUGGCUGCAAUCGGUCCAACUCUCUCUGGUGGUGUGCCAACUCAUUGAGAGCAUGA